AUGUUUUUCGUGGCGGGGGGCAAAAAUAAAGCAGGAGCAAGCAGAGGAAAUGAAAGAGGGUCAAUAUAUCAGAAAUUUCGUGACGUAGAUAUACUGGACAAGAAGAAGACAGUGACAGCUCUAAAGCCGGGUGAAGAUCGUGCCAUUUUCCUGGGACUUGGGAUGAUCCUCUCUUCAGUGAUGAUGUAUUUUGUCCUGGGGAUCACGAUAUUACACUCCUAUGCAGAGAGUGUGUGGACAGAGGAGGGUGUGUGUGUUGUACUCAACUCCACGGUCACAGCAGACAUGAACUGUUCCUACAACUGUGGGUCAGACUGCUGGAGGGUCUCCAAAUACCCCUGUCUGCAGGUCUACGUGAGCGUCAACAACACGGGCCGAGUCAGCCGUUUAUCUCACAACGAGGAGACCCAGGAUACCAGCCAUGAAUGUGUCUACGUGCCCAGGUGCCAGAAGGACAGCGUGGCGAUGCAUGUCAUGAUCAUGAACAUCUCAGAGCGUCUGAAGGUGAACCAGCAGGUCCCGUGUUACUACGACCCCAGUGAGCAGCAGGAGGCCGUUCUCCUGACGAGGCUGUACGACCACAGCGUCGUCUUCCACUCGCUGCUCUGGCCCUCCAGCAUGCUCACAGGAGGGGCCCUCAUUAUCGUCAUGGUGAAGCUCACACAGUACCUCUCCAGACUGAGCGAAGAGAUAGUGAAGAUCAAGAGGUGA